UCUCCCUUCUUCCCUCAAAUCCCUCCACAUCCACCAUCAACAAUACAACUCCCCCCAGAUGCAGAGAAAAAUAAAUUAGUAGAAAGUCAGCCCCAAUUUCAUUUUGAAACCCCCCCCUCCCCCUCCCCCCAAAAAAAAAAAAAGAAAAAAAAUCGAUACUUUUCCCCUUAACAAAACAAAUUCAGGAAGAAAGAGAAAUCAAAAGAAGGCAAAGAUUUACUGCUAUCUCUUCUAUCUCUUUUGGGUUUUGCAAAGUCUCGGUCAUGUCUUCUUCUAUACAUAUCUUAUAUGUGUGUAUAUUGCUCUCUCAAGCUCUGCUACUACUACAUGUGGCCCUUUUUCUUUUAUCUUUGCUUAUCCCAACCUGAACUUCCACCAUGAGCCUUUGAAUUUUUCUGUUUUUGAGCCAUGGCUGAGAAUGCUGAAAUUGAUGAUCGAGUGGAUUUUGAUGAUGACAACUAUAUUGAAGAAGAAGAUGAUGUUGAGGAACAGAUGGAAGAUGAAGGUGCAGGAGAGGGGGCUGAAGAAAUUGGCGAAGACCAAGAUGAACAACAUGAGGACUUGCAACCUGGGGAUUCUGGGAAAGAGCAGGUAUUCGAAGGCGUCAGGAACGACCUUGGUGCUGAACUUGCAGAAAACGUGGGAAACCCGAAUUCCUCCAAUGAUGUGGUAGAGAAUGAUGAACAUGCUGAACUUCUUGGCCUUCCUCCUCAUGGUUCUGAAGUAUUUAUUGGUGGACUUCCCAGAGAUGUUUCCGAAAUUGACCUCAAGAAUCUUUGUGAAUCCAUUGGUGAAAUUUUUGAGAUAAGAGUAAUGAAAAAUAGGGAUACUGGUGAAAGCAAGGGUUUUGCUUUUGUGGCAUUCAAAACAAAAGAUGUUGCUCAAAAGGCCAUUGAAGUACUACAUAACAAAGAGUUCAAGGGAAGAACCUUAAGGUGUUCACUGUCAGAAACAAAAUACCGAUUGUUCAUUGGCAACAUCCCUAAGGUUUUGACUGAUAAUGACUUCAGAAAAGUCAUUGAUGACACUGGUCCUGGAGCCGAAACGAUUGAGCUUAUAAAGGAUCCACAUAAUCCAAAUCGUAAUCGUGGGUUUGCUUUUGUUGAAUAUUACAAUAAUGCCUGUGCUGAUUAUUCAAGGCAAAAAUUGUCUAAUACUAGUUUUAAGCUAGAGGGCAAUACCCCAACUGUCACCUGGGCUGAUCCAAAGAUCACACCUGAUCAUUCAGCUGCUGCUGCUCAGGUCAAGGCUCUUUAUGUGAAGAACAUACCUGAGAACACCUCUAUUGAACAGUUGAAGGAACUGUUCCAGCAGCAUGGGGAAGUCACUAAAGUCAUUAUGCCGCCUGCCAAAAGUGGAGGCAAACGGGAUUUUGGCUUUGUCCAUUAUGCAGAGAGGUCAAGUGCUUUGAAGGCAAUCAAAGAAACAGAAAAAUAUGAUAUUAAUGGCCAAGUAUUGGAAGUGGUCCUUGCAAAGCCUCAGAGCGAAAAGAAGUUUGAUGUGGCUCAUCAUUCUCCCAGUUCUGCACCUCUUCCUAAUUUUAUCCCUCCUUCUGGGUAUGGUGGUUUUCCCAUGAAUCCAUUUGGCCAAGUAGCUCCUGGAUACGGUGCGGUGGCUGGAUUUCAGCAGCAGCCUAUGAUAUAUGGCAGGGGUCCAAUGCCGGCAGGGAUGCAGAUGGUGCCAAUGGUUCUCCCAGAUGGGCAAAUUGGCUAUGUUCUCAGUCAGCAGCCCGGCAUACAGAUGCCGCCAGUCCGACCUCGUAGGAAUGAUAGGGGCAAUGGCGCUGGCCGAGGAGGAACAAGUGCCAGCAGUGAUGACACUGGGCGCAACAGGCGGUAUCGGCCAUACUAGGAGACCAUUGAUGUGAUGUACUGGACUCAGAUUGUUAGUUAUGCCUAGCUACACCUAAAAUUUAGUCUGCUCGUCUUACUGGCUAUCCGGAGCAUAUAAGAGGGGGAAUCAGAUUAGAAGAAAUGGCCAGCAACGUGGUUAGCAGGGGGGGCUGUAAUUCAUCCCGGGCUGUUGAUGGCGUUAGGACCUACCCUUGAUUUUUCACAUUGCUUGUUUUUUUUUUUUUGUUAUUUUUUUCCCCUAUCAUGUGAUCCAAAGAAAGGAAAAAAAAGGGAACACUAAAAACGAAGGUCAUGGUGUGGCGAGAGUGUAGGCUUCGUACAAGCAACCUCCCAAGCUUCUCGAGUGUCGAAAACAAUUUCUUCUUUUGAAGAAACAAUGUGGAUGCGAAUGCCUUUUAAAACA